CACAAGUAUUUUUUUCUCUCCCCCUCUCCACCUUUUUCUUCUUAUUUUCUAAUUCUUUGUUCCCAAAUGGUUCACAAUUCCUUACUCGAAGCCGUUCAAUUCUGUGACAAGUAUCCAUAUGUGUUUGAAAAGACAGAGAAGCAACCUGUCGCCUUCAAGCACAACGACGCACUCCUCGGUCAGAUCCUACCCAACGUUAUCUCCGCGCUGACCGAAUACAACAACUCGGUAUCACCUUCACCUUUCAAGAUCGAGCCUGACCUCGUGACGUUUGCCAAUUGGGUGGAUACCUUUGACAAGCGCACAGAGGUGAUGAAGGUAUUAGCAGACACUUGGCGAGAGCGUAAACUGUUUCCUGUUUUGGAGGGAUGGAGAAAUGAACUGUACCCUAUCUAUGGACAUCAUGAUCUUGCCUUUGUCAUGGAGCGUGCGGCUACACCCUUGUUUGGUGUAUCCACAUUUGGAUGUCAUCUGAAUGCGUACGUGACGGAUAAUGAAGGCAAUAUUCACAUGUGGGUAGCGCGAAGAGCAAAGACGAAGCCAACUUGGCCUAGCAUGUUGGAUAAUUGCGUUGCUGGAGGCAUCUCCUACCAGUACCGUAUCAAGGAUACUAUUGUCAAAGAAUGUGAUGAAGAAGCGAGUAUUCCAGCAGAACUGGCUUCAAAGGCACGCAGUACAAAUGUCAUCAGCUAUUAUACCUUUACGGACGGUGGCCUGCAGCCAGAGACAGAAUACAUUUUUGACCUAGAACUUCCUCAAGAUUUUAAGCCCACACCUAAAGAUGGUGAAGUCGAUUGCUUUUACCUUUGGCCAUUAGAAAAGGUCAAAGAGAGUAUAUUAAACCAAGAAUGGAAAUCAAAUUCUGCUCUAGUGGCCAUCGACUUUAUGAUGAGACAUUCAUAUAUCACGCCUGAUGAAGAACCCGACUAUAUCAAGAUCAGUUACCAUCUUCACCGAAAACUCGAGUUUCCUACUCCCAUUCGUAAAUAAAAAAUUUAUUUAAAGCUUUGAUGCAUUCUGUGAGUCCUUGUAGAGAACAGCGUAACCGUUGCUGACGACGACAACGUCUCUUUCCUUGACCUUGGCAACAAAGAUGACGCCCUCUGUCUUGGCAUCGUUCGAAGGUGUCUUCCACAUGUAGAUCUCCACGGUUUCGCCUGGAAAGACGGGAGAUGCAAAACGAGCCUCGAUAGACUUGAAGCGGUAAGGGUCGUUAUUGGCCAAGGAUUUGAUGA